CUCUAUCUAACUUUCCUUGCAAAUUCAAUACUCUGGGAAAAAAAGAUCAAAACCUCUGGACCUUUCUCCCAAAUCCUAAAACCCUAAAUGUAGAAAUUUGACACUCGACAGAGGGAGAACUAAACCUCAUUCCCUGCAUCAAAUUCGAUUGUGAAGGUACACCGUAAACCCCCAACGAUCCGCCAUUGCCGACUUGCUGUGGCUGGGAAUCGCCCGCCCGUCCAGUCUCGAGAACAGAGAAGAAAAUUUCCUGCUGACAGCGCUCGCAACUCCAACCCCUGCGAACCAUCAUCGCCUGGAGGUACGACUUUGGCAAAAGUUGGAAAGCCAAUAGGAGAAUCGCAAAAAGCUAGGACCUUUUUUCUGAAUUUCGAUUGAACUCUCAGUUAGAUUAGGUAGUCUUUCUCCAUUCCCUGAAAAGAUAAGGGACAGAUUCCCCUGUUUCGGUAACUGUUAUGAAAUGAUUUAAUCAUCGGAGCCCAACUUAGUUUACGUGUAAUUAGCUUUGGAUCCGAAACCAGGCAGAGUCUGAGUUCGUUGCUGGCUUGCUUGAUUGAUGAAUGGCAGGAUUCGUAUGUAUGAUUGAACCAUGACGGUGUUGAAGAGAUAUGUGUUACGGCUGUUCAUAUCACUGAAGUACCUAACUGCAAACGUAGUGGACAGGAACAAUGGGAGGAUUGUGGCAACAGCGUCUACGGUCGAGCAUUCGAUCAAAAACACACUCGACUGCGGUCGAUCGUGCAAUGCCAAAGCAGCGACGGUUGUUGGCGAGGUUUUAGCUAUGCGGCUGAAGGUGGAAGGGCUCGAACAUGGGCUGGGAAGAGGGAUUCACACGAAUGUAAACAAAGAGAUCGAGAAGAAGGGUUUCAAGAAUCGUACCAAGGUUUGGGCCGUCAUUAACGGUCUUAGGAACAAUGGUGUUAAGCUUAUUCUCGAUGACAAUGUUGAUGAAAGUUCAUCCCCACGAGAUUCCUGAUGGAAUGUGGGGAGUCAUCUCUGUGAUUUGUGUACUGUUUUCCUGGGAGGUCCUGUUCUGCUGUUUGUUUAGUUGUUUGAUUGCAGGAUUCCUUCAGCAAAGCAAUGGUGCAAAAGGUUGAUGAUCUAACCCUUUUCUCCAGCCACAACUUUUGUCUCUUUAUGCUUUCCAAAGCUGUAAAUUAAAUGUUCUGUAACUUUUACUGACUCAUGAGAGAGCUGAAAUUAAAGAAAAGGAAAGUGAGCCAUUAUUGUACCAGAAAAAAAAGCUGAGGUUCUUCUGCUGGUGCAGUGAUGGUGCUGCUGCACUGAAUGCCUAAUGCCACCUUUUCUGGGUUCCAUUUUUUCCCCACCCUACGGGUUCCCUUUAGCUAUCUAUCUUUCACUCUCAGCUUUUGGUUUCAUCUUUGCUUUCUCCUUUGCCAUACCAUAUAAUAAACUUUUGUGGAGUUGCCAUAUACAACAGAACCGCCUUUAACCCCAUGGACAAUGGCAGUGUCCAUAAUGAAUGGGGUUCAUGAAUCACUUUUCAAGAAAAUGGGUGCCAUUUGGGAUGGUAAAAGUUGUUGUAUGAGUUGGAUUGAGGGAUGCUAAUCAUGAUUAUGUCUACCUUAGCACCUACAUUGUGGGGAUUUUACUCCUCGAUCGAAUAAAACUUCAACUUAAUAAGAAACAAAAGUUGAUUAGAAUUCUGAAGUGGCAUUCAACUUGGAAAACAUAUCACCUCUACAAAAGGACAUCCACCCAUACUUCCAAUAGCAUUUCUUUCUUCUUCACUUCGAAACCCAAGUUCUUCAUCAUCAUCGCCACACCCACACAUCUCUAUCUUCAACAUCUCAAUCAUUCAUCAAGGACCAAUUAUGGCCAAGUUGACUCAUUCCCAUCCCACAAGAGUCUGUCCAUGGUCAUGGUGUGACUGUUUUUGACACCAAACGCCAACAUCAACUUCUUCAUCGAUGCAUGUGAUACCAUCGCAAUCAGUUGUACUCUUUAUAUCAUGUUCUAACGAUUAAGUGGAUUAUGAUUUUAUCACCAUACUACGGUGGUUCUAUCGUCGUACAUUUAUCAUACUUUCCUAUACAGUUUGACAGUCCAUUCGCAAAUGACAAAACGCGAUAAUUUGUAAUCCGUAAAGGGUUCACCUAAAACAAAAGGAAAGGAGUAAAUCCACAUGGGUAGAUAAGGGGGGGAAAGUAGCUUCGAAGCACCUUCAUGAGCAAGUAUCCAUUUCUUUUCUCUUCUCCUUCUAGAAAUGACAUAAAGUGAAAGUUGUGGAGGUCUUGUGGACCAAUAUGAAAAGAUUAGGAGGUGGUCCUCCUGACUGUUAUAGUGAGUGGUGACUCCUACCCAAUUACUUGGCAGUGAUGGCAUAAUGGUUGAUGGUGUCAAAUUGGAUUGAAUGAGUUUUGAAAUGUUCAUCAGCAGCAAGUUAGGUCACCUUCUUCUCUAACCUUUUCAUCCCAUCAUCAUCAUAUCUCUGUCAAAAACAUGUUUCUGCAUGUUACCAAACUCUUUCAAUGUUUCAAUGUUCACCCAUUUAAGAACCUUAUUACUGCUGUCACAUUAACACAAACAAUAACAGAGAAACUCUUGAUCUGUGAGCUGGGGAAUGGGAUGGAUGAAACGUUUCUCCAUAAAUGCAAAUGGCAGAGGGGGUUGAGUACUCCGAAAGGCAUGGAAAGGAGUUAAAGCGAAGACCGGGAAAGUUUUGUGAUGACCAUACAUGGAUUUGGUGGAAGCUUUUUUGCAGUUGUUAUUUCGUUUUGUGUAAAGUAUUGGAAGCAGUGCAUCUUCUUCUUCUUUGUUUAUUCAACUGCGGAACUCCAGAAGAAGAAGGAAACUAAAACAAAUACAUACUC